GCGGUGGUCCGGGGAGGUGCGGAUAUAGUGAAUGCGGGGUGCCGGGGAGAAGAGGAUGUAGUGAAUGCGGGGUACGGGGAUGAGCGGAUUAUAGUGAAUGGCGGGCGAGCAGGAUAUAGUGAAUGCGGGGUCGACCGGGGGAGAGCGGAUUAUAGUGAGGUGCGGGGUCGUCGUGGGAGAGCGGAUAUAGUGAGUUGGGGUCCUGGGAGAGCAGCGGAUCUUAUAGUGAAUGCAGGGAGAGCAGAUAUAGUGAAUGCGUGGGGAGCGGAUAUAGUGAUAUGCGGGGUCCGGGAAGUGGAGCGGAUGGAUAUAGUGAAUGCGGGGUCAUGGGAGAGCGGAUAUAGUGAAUGCGGGGUCCAGGGAGACUGGGAUAUAGUGAAUGCGGGGUCCUGGGAGAGCGGAUAUAGUGAAUGCGGGGUCCGGGGAGAGCGGAUAUAGUGAAUGCGGGGUCUGGGGUU